GGAAGUAAUGACCUUAUUGUUGCUAGCUUCACGGAACUGUAACAAGUAACAGUAAAUCAAGGGAGACUUACCUGUAAUGUUUUUAUUAUAAACAAAUUCUGAGAUUUACGGGACAUUGCUGUUUGUGUUACAUUAGGGCACGGAGUGUGGAUUUUUAGUGCUAGUAAUGUGUGUUUUUCAGGAGGCUUCCUAGUAUUUGUCAGUACGUACAACGCUUUUUUUUUCAUUUCUGCUGUAAAGUAUUGUACUGUUUUUCUUAAAUACAAACCAAAUCUGAUAAAAUAAUAUUUAUUAUCAAUUUAGUGUAUAUACCGAUUAUUUUACGAAAAAAAAUAUAUGUAAUUUGAAAAGAAACGACCAAAUGCUUUGCAUUAGUGUACUUGUCUUCCUCUAUGAAUAGCGUCACACCUAAUAACACUGGCAUGUAUUGCAUAUGCAAUAGUAUUGGUUAUAAUUAGACGAAUGUAGUUAGUUUGCCAGUUAUAUAUAACGUCUUAAUAAAAAUACAAGUAAGAAAUAUUUCUGUCAUUAGCUUCAAACCGUAUACUGUUGGCCUGUCUUAAGAGGCGUUCUUUUUUCAUCCACAAUUAAAUCAUACCGUAGUCAUGCUACUGCCCUGUUUGAGGAGAGUUGUGAGGCCCACCCUGUCCUUGAAGCCUGGACUUUUCUUUGGGAGGGUUCACGAGAAUAAAGCUCUCCCAGUCCGUUUUGCAUUGCCCGUGAGACUGGCCCCAUGUCGGGGUUUGGGCACUCACUCACAUAAGGAACCUAUGGAGCCCCUGAACUCGCCACAGGGGGCACGGGAAUUCAUCUAUAGCCUUCACCCGACCGAACGGAGCUGCUUGCUGAGAGAACUGCACCGCUUUGAGUCCAUAGCUAUAGCACAAGAAAAACUGGAAAUGGCACCACCAACAUCUGCUCAACUGAGAUAUGUACUUCUACACAACGCAAUUCCUUUUGUUGGAUUUGGCUUCUUGGAUAAUGCCAUCAUGAUUGUAGCUGGAACACAGAUAGAAUUAUCAAUAGGAGUCAUCUUCGGCAUUUCAACCAUGGCAGCUGCUGCACUUGGAAAUCUUGUUUCUGAUUUAGCAGGAUUAGGUCUUGCAGGAUAUGUUGAAGCACUUGCCUCAAGACUUGGUCUACAAAUACCUGAUCUAACUCCAAAGCAAGUGGACAUGUGGCAAACAAGACUGAGUGCCCAUACAGGCAAAGCCAUAGGAGUGUUUAUUGGCUGUGUGUUAGGAAUGUUCCCUCUAUUGUUCCUCUCAGGAGAUGAAGAUGAAAAACUGGAAACAAAAAAGUAAUGCAGCGAUCGAUAGACUUGAAAGGCAAAAAGCUGAUUUUACCUCAAUUGGAAACAACCAAUGCCUCUCAAUAGGAAGGAAGAACAAACUAACCCCAUACAGUACGAGUACAAGUAGUUCUACUCUAUAUAGUAAUGUAUCUCAAUGCAAAUGCAGGCCUAGGUUAAAUAGAACACUAACAAUGAGCAUGACUUGCUUUUCUUAUUUAAUA